CUCAGACAGAAAACGGCAACGCGCUGAGAGCGAGCGAGCGAGUGAGCGAGCGAACGCGCGAGCCAGGGAGGGGCUCUUCGAAGGAGUAUCGCCACCGCCGGCAUUCCGACAACCCAGCACUCCGGAAUACGCGUUCCGUGCGUCUUGGGGGGAAAAUUCGGCACUCGGGGUGCAGAGAUUGUGGGCACAGGUCGGAUUGCACUGAUUUCCCCCCCCCUCUCCACAUUUUUAACUGCCAGGACAGGAAGGGCACUGAUUAGCGCGAGGGGCUUUAAGACCGGGUGCCUCGGUUCUUCUUCCUGCUAGGUCCCUACCCUUAUUCCGUAGUGUUACCUCUUUUUUUUUUGUCUGUUGUUGUUGAUCCCAGUGACUGCAAAAUAAUCAAAGAUGCCUAGUUCACUAUUUGCUGACAUGGAGCGGAAUGGCAGCAGCCAGGGGGACGCCUUGGACGACCAAAGAGCUCUACAGAUCGCGCUGGAUCAGCUUUCUUUGCUCGGCUUGGAUACUGAUGAAAGCUCCGUGUAUGACAACGAGCCGAGGAAAAAGAGCGUCAACAUGACCGAAUGCGUUCCCGUCCCCAGUUCGGAACACGUUGCCGAAAUUGUCGGCAGGCAAGGUUGCAAAAUUAAAGCCCUGCGCGCUAAGACCAACACCUAUAUCAAGACUCCGGUACGAGGGGAGGAGCCCGUCUUUGUUGUGACCGGCAGGAGGGAGGAUGUAGCCAUGGCUCGAAGGGAGAUCAUCUCUGCGGCAGAGCACUUCUCCAUGAUCCGCGCCUCGCGGAACAAAAACAGCACCCUCAACGGCAGCACCGCAGUGCCCGGGCCGCCCAACCUACCGGGACAGACCACCAUCCAGGUGCGGGUGCCCUACCGGGUGGUGGGUCUGGUGGUGGGACCCAAGGGCGCCACCAUCAAACGCAUCCAGCAGCAGACACACACCUACAUCGUGACACCCAGCAGGGACAAAGAGCCCGUGUUCGAGGUGACGGGCAUGCCCGAGAACGUGGACAGGGCCCGCGAGGAGAUCGAGGCACACAUCGCCAUGCGCACCGGCGGCCUGAUUGAGUUCGCCGACGAGAACGACUUCCACGCCAACGGCACGGACGUGGGCUUUGAGCUGCACGGCCAUGCCAGCCUGUGGAGCAAGCCUGGCUCGGGCGUCACGCCCACCUCGGGCCGCAAGCCCUUCUCCAACUACCGCAACGACAGCUCCAGCUCCCUGGGGAGCGCCUCCACCGACUCGUACUUCGGCACCAACAGCAGCUCGCGGCUGGCCGACUACAGUCCACCCAGCCCCGCGCUCAGCUACACGGCCUCCAGCAACGGCAACAACAACAACAACAACCUGAACAUCAGCGUCAACGCCAACGCCAACGCAUUCGUCUACGGCGGUGACGUCAUAUCGCCCGACUGCGCUGACCUGGCCUUCGAGUGCUCUCCCGGUUUCGACCCCACCCCUGCGCCGCCCGGCCUGAUGUGGUCUCAGUACGAGCGGGGUGGGGCCCCUUCCACCACCACGCCCUCCUCCAUCUUCCAUGCCAAUGCCUCCGGCAACGCCAACGGCAUGCUGGCCAACCAGCGGCGGGGGAACGGAGUGGGCUGUGCUGCCCAGCCCCGGCUGUCCCCGCCCCUGCACCACGUGGGCGGGACCGGCGAGCACCCGCUGGCCCGGCGGGUGCGCAGUGACCCGGGCGGCGGUUCGCUCACCUUCCCGGGAUACUCGGCCAGCACUGUGGCCACCCACCUUCCCGGGGUGCCGUCCGACUCCUCGGCCUCCUCCUCGUCCUCCUCUUCCUCCUCAUCUUCCUCUUCCUCGGGGACGAGCCGGAAGGGCAGCCGGGACUGCUCGGUGUGCUUCGAGAGCGAGGUGAUAGCCGCCCUGGUGCCCUGCGGCCAUAACCUCUUCUGCAUGGAGUGUGCCAACCGCAUCUGCGAGCGCAGUGACCCAGAGUGCCCCGUCUGCCAUGCUGCAGUUACUCAGGCGAUACGUAUAUUUUCAUAGAAGAAAAACAAAAACGAACGAACAAGUGAAGAAAAAAAAUAAAUUGCGACAAUGUCGCGUGCCCUGUGACUACAACAGCAACAAACCACAACAGACCAUUCAACUAAAGACUCCUGGCUUUCCGAAACUCCUAAUACCACGUUUAUCCCACAUGUAUAUACAUAUGUAUGUAUAGCUGCAGUAUGCAAACAGGCACACCCGACAGAGGGCUCCGGCGUAAGUGUUUAUAAUGUACUGUAGCUUGGGACAAAUAUUUUCAUCAUCUAAUGCAUGUUUUAAAUAUUAAAGCCUAGUAAUCAAUAGUUCUAGUGAAAUGUACACAGACAUCAAUGGAGUUCUGAGACGGACAGCAGUCUCACCAGAGGUACCCGAGACGUCUGUGGACUGCUGGUGAACGAGGCCUGUGACCUAACAGUGCGGGGCUUCGAGGGCUUCUAUUCUAACAGCAUUAACAGACUUGAUGGUCAAGAGACUGCAGCGUCUAGGUCAACUUAUCUGAGGGAGAGUAACAACAUAUCCUCCAUAUAUGUAUAGAUCAAAAAAAGAAGAGAAGAAGAAGAAGAAGAAAGGAAUCCACAAAAUUGAAAGUUUUAAAUAUUAAUUACAUUAAUACAGAUUGAAGUAUUUUAUUCUUUUUUGACUUGAAAAAUUAUAUUUCGUAUUGCAAAGAUGUUUACAGAUAUUUUAAUUUAAGUUCAGUGAACUUUUUUGUAGCUGGGUUAAAAUAUCUUUUAUUUUUUAGUAUGGCCUUAUGGCAAUGAACACACUGUAUUAUUUUAAUAUCACACACAAUGUGGAUGGAUGUUCAGCAGACAAUGUGUACUUGCAUUUAACAGUAUUCUGUUGGGACAGGGUUUAUAGGUUCAGCAAAAAAGUCUUUUAAAUCCGUUUCACCCAGCGUCUUUUUUAUUCAGUAAUAUAAAGCAUAUUUUAUUCUAUAUUAUUACAAAACAUUCAAAUGUAUAAAACUUAGUAAGUUGGACAAAAGGAAACUGUUUAUGCUUUCUAAAGUUUGUAUGAAUUAGAUUCCAGUGGUUAUUACAGACUUCUGUUGCACCACUAUAGUUUUAGUAUUUCUAUUUUAAUACGCUUGUUUACCACUUGUUUAUGUAUAUGUAGGUGAAGUUACUUGAGCGUAAAAGUACUUUAUUGAGCAAAGUUUAAAAACAAAGUAUAUUUUAUUUUAUGAUAAAAAAAGGCCUUUAACCUCAUGGUCAAAUACUAAUAUUAUAUUUGCUGAAACAAGAUUUGAAAAAUGUAUCAAGAGUUUUAUUUUUCUGACAUUUAAAGUUCUACAUGAUAAAGUAAAACUUAAGUAAUGGUGCUACUUCCUGUUUUUUUAAGUAUUUCUAUAUAAGUCCAAUAAAAUGGUACAUGAAAGGAG